CGUAGAGGGUGCGCCGUUGACGUGGCGCAUGCGCAAUGGUUCGUUUUUCACAGCCAAGAUGGCGCUAAGCAAAACUUUUGGGCAGAAGCCUCUUAAAUUUCAGCUAGAAGAAGAUGGGGAUUUUUACAUGAUUGGAUCAGAGGUAGGAAAUUAUCUGCGUAUGUUCAGGGGUUCCCUGUACAAAAGGUACCCAUCACUCUGGAGGAGACUCGCUUCGGUGGAGGAAAGAAAGAAAAUAGUAGCAUCGUCACACGAUCAUGGUUACACAACUCUAGCCACCAGUGUGACUCUGCUGAAGGCAUCUGAAGUGGAGGAGAUCUUCGAGGGAAAUGAUGAGAAGUACAAAGCCGUGUCCAUCAGCACAGAGCCCCCAGCCUAUCUCAGGGAACAAAAGGCGAAACGGAACAGCCAGUGGGUCCCCACACUUCCCAAUAGCUCGCACCACCUGGAUGCUGUGCCCUGCUCCACCACCAUCAACCGCAAUCGCGUGGGCCGUGACAAGAAGCGUACCUUCCCUCUCUGCUUCGAUGACCAUGACCCCGCUGUUAUCCACGAGAACGCCACCCAGCUGGAGGUCUUGGUCCCCAUCCGCCUGGACAUGGAGAUCGAUGGACAGAAGCUGAGGGACGCCUUCACGUGGAACAUGAAUGAGAAGCUCAUGACCCCGGAGAUGUUCGCCGAGAUCCUGUGCGACGACCUAGACCUGAAUCCCUUGACCUUCGUCCCCGCCAUCGCGUCGGCCAUUCGCCAGCAGAUCGAGUCCUACCCCACGGACAGCAUCCUAGAUGAGCAGACAGAUCAGAGGGUCAUCAUCAAGCUGAACAUCCACGUGGGGAACAUCUCCCUGGUGGACCAGUUCGAGUGGGACAUGUCUGAGAAGGAUAACUCGCCAGAGACGUUUGCCCUUAAGCUGUGCUCCGAGUUGGGCCUGGGCGGCGAGUUCGUCACCACCAUCGCCUACAGCAUCCGCGGCCAGCUCAGCUGGCACCAGAGGACAUACGCCUUCAGUGAGAACCCCCUGCCCACCGUGGAGAUCGCCAUCCGCAAUACAGGAGACGCCGACCAGUGGUGCCCCCUGCUGGAGACGCUGACGGACGCCGAGAUGGAGAAGAAAAUCCGAGACCAGGAUAGGAACACUAGACGCAUGAGACGUCUUGCGAACACGGCCCCAGCCUGGUAAAAAAGAAGAAAACCGAAGUGUGAUACUGUAUAUAAAGACUGCUAAGGGGUGCCGGAGGUGGCCCCCAAGGGCCUCCAGGCGCUUGCUAGGGGCCUCCAGGCGCUUGCUAGGGGCCUCCAGGCGCUUGCUAGGGGCCUCCAGGCGCUUGCUAGGGGCCUCCAGGCGCUUGCUAGGGGCCGCCCGUCAAACUGCACCAGAGAUAUCGCCCCAGUCUCUGCUGAAGGCCUCGCCUGUUCCUGCUCGAGGCAGACGACCCCCCCCCCUGGCCGUGCUGACCAGGCUCUGCCCCCCGCCCUGCCCCUUUUCUGUCGCCUUCCUCAAAGCCUGACUGCCGUCCCGCCUCACCCCUGCGUGGAGGCUGUCAGUUGGUAGUUUCCUUUUUGUAUAGCUGCUGUGGUCUGGUUUACUGAGUAAUGCCUUUUUUUAUUAAAGUUUAUUUAAAAUGC